AUGAACAAAGCUUUCGCCUUUGUGCACCAGUGGUUACAACUCUCGAGCUCGCGGCUAUGUCGGCAGCCGGCGGCAAGCCGCACGUCCUGCUGCUCCGUCCCGUCGACGCGGCCUUUGCCGCCGCGCUGCGCGACCGCUACCGCGUCCUCGACCUGUACGCGCCGGGACAGACCCUCCCGGUCCUGGCCUUCGUCGCCGCGGCCGCCGCCGUGCCGGAGCCCCCGCGCGCCACGGUCAUCUGGGCCGGCGUGCGCGUGGACGCCUCGUUCCUCGAUGCCGCCCCUUCCCUCCGCUGUGUCGUCAGCACGGCCGCCGGGCUCGACCACAUCGACCUGGCCGAGUGUGCGCGCCGCGGCGUCGCCGUCGCCAACUCCGGGGAGGUCUACUCCACCGACGUCGCCGACCACGCCGUAGGCCUGCUUCUCGACGUGCUCCGGCGCGUGUCGGCGUCCGAGCAGUACGUCCGGCGCGGGUCCUGGCCGGCGCAGGGGGAUUAUCCUCUCGGAUCUAAGCUUGGUGGCAAGCGUGUUGGCAUCAUCGGCUUGGGGAACAUCGGCUCACGGAUUGCAAAGAGGCUUCAAGCUUUUGGCUGCAUCAUCCACUACAACUCGAGAAAACCAAAGGAUUCGGUCUCUUACAAAUACUUCCCAAAUGCUCAUGAUCUUGCUGCUGAAUCCGACGUGCUCGUUGUCGCGUGCGCACUGAACAAGGCCACGCAGCACAUCGUGAAUAAGGAUGUGCUAGAGGCUCUAGGAAAGGAUGGUGUGGUCGUCAACAUCGGCCGAGGAGCAAACAUCGACGAGGAGGAACUGGUCAUUGCACUCAGGGAGGGGAAGAUAGCAGGCGCGGGCCUUGAUGUCUUCGAGCACGAGCCCAAGGUGCCGGCAGAGCUGUUCUCCAUGGACAAUGUGGUUCUCUCGCCCCACGUGGCGGUGUUUACGGAGGAGUCCAGGUCGGACCUGUGUCUGCACACCAUUGGCAACCUUGAAGCCUUCUUCUCCGGUCAGCCAUUGCUCACUCCAGUGCAUGCUGAUUCUCUAGUGCAGUGAGGGCAAGUCUGGUCCUACUAGAUCUGUUUGGGAGUGAUAUUAUACAGAUUGCCACAAAUCCCUACCUAAGCAAAAUACCAAAAUGACGGAUAAGAUAUUCCAUGAAAGGCUAAGCCAUUUACCCCACAAAGGUGCCACUACUUCCUUCUCUCUUUAUUCUCUCUGUAGUCCUCUUUUCUUGAAUAAUAGAGUACAAAUUAUACACCUUUUAUUUGUAUUCUGCAUAAUCAAAUACGAGCCACCAAGGUGAUAACUGCAUGGUCCUUACCAUUAACAUGCUUAUCUGCUUUAUGUGCUGCUGCAUUUUGAUUUGAAUAUUAUUUCGCAACCAUUAGUAAUGCCUGGUUUAUAUAA